CCGCGGUACGAGGUCAGACGCAAGAAGCACAACAGAAACAGAAAACCAACCAGAGGAAAGCUGCUCUUCUUCUCACAGGUGGUUUAGAUACAUGUGUGCGAAUUCAGCAUUUCUACAGAGACACGUCAGGUGUAUAGGUCAGUGUUGGAACAUCUCAGACAUGGUCUGAGGAUUUAAGCUCGCAAAUCGUACGGGAGUUUGUUUGCUAGCUUUAGCAUAUCUCAUGUCAGCUGCUGCUUUGAUGUGUUACAACUUGGUAUUUUCACUCUUAGAACGUUGGUAUAUUCCAAGUGUGGCUAGUUAUAGGUGUGUCCUUCUGCAGUUCGAAUGCUAAAAUACGAAUCUUUAAAACCAUGAAGGAGUUUUUGAAGAAGACCCACAGCCUCUUUCUGAAGAUCGCCCUAUUUCCUAGCACGUUAGGCAGGACAGGUCCGCGGCCAGCUGCUUCGGAGGUGUUAACCUGCCACCUGCAGCAGCGCAGGCUUCCUCCGUGGACUUCAUACUGUGUCCGCUACAGCUCCGUCCACAAUGACCAGUUUGGAAUGUCAAACUUUAAUUGGAGAGUUCAGGGAUCCAACUACCACAUUCUGAGAACGGGAUGUUUCCCCUUUAUUAAAUAUCACUGCACUAAAGCGCCUCCUCAGAAUCUGGAUUUUGAAGACAGAUUUUUCACCAUGUUAAAAGUUAUUAAUCUGGGUAUCCCUUGUUUGGCCUAUGGCAUUGGCUGCUGGAUGGUGGUGGGAGCAUCAGAAACAGUACAGACGAGUGUCGGACCUGUCACAGUCUAUUUUGCCUACAAAGAGGAGGAAGGUGCACAGUACUGAAGUGAAGAGGAAACAAAGUAACUUGAAUGUGUUUUCAGGAGGAUAUUAUCUACCAAGCUGCUGUAUUUUUGAAACUAUUAAAGAGGAGCCUUUGUGUUUUUUCUUUA